AUGUCUGCGGAACGCAUCUCCGACUUCGAACGUAUCCCGACAAUGAUUCGCUGCAGCCACUUGGACGCAAUUAUCAUUUUCUACCACGUCGCAAGCUUGAGGCAGUUCGAAAGCAUUCAUCAAAAGUGGGUCCCAACUAUACGUCGUUUAUACCGCAAUACACCGUUCAUUAUUUGUGCGACCGGCAUCGAAACUCGUGUCCCGCGUGACGUCCGUCAACUGCUGUUCAAAAAGCAGCUGGGAGAAGUUGAAGUUGACACAACAACAAAGCCACCAUACAAGCCAAGAAGCCAAUUCAAAAAACUGGAAAGCAAAGACCCGCAGAUGUACCAGAGCCUGAUCACAACGAAAGUGGGACAAAGUCUUGCCACCGAACUUAGAGCUUCCUAUUAUUGCGAAGUAUCCACCAAAACUUAUGUAAGUUAA